GUGGUCAGACGGAGAGCUGUGAAUUUAUCGACCAAAGCCCAAAAGUUGGGUAAACGAUCGCCAUAAAUUACGGAAAAUGCUGGCAUGGUGAAAUUAGGACGGCAAACUUCUUAAGAAAUUCGGGAGAUUGUUGGACGUGAAUUGUUUCGUCCGUUCCGAUUGGCAUUGGAUUGACGUAUUUCCAAAUGCCGGAUGAUAAGGGGUGGAGUGUCGAGGCACACGAUGGAAGGAUGUAGUUAAUUAGGUGGUGUUCUUAUCGGGACAGUCGUGACGGCAGUCAGAGAGAGAGAGAGUUUGCGCGCGAACGGGAGUAACAUGAAACGAGGUAUAAUUAGCUGGUGAUGGUGUGUCAUGUUUCAUAAACCCAUCGAUUGAGCAAAGGUAGUGAUGAAUCCCUUCGGCUGACUCAGAAUCACGAGCACCUGAAACUCUCCGGUUCGCUUGCCUGGCUUAAACUUAGGAAGGUCCUCUAGGGCGGCAGCAUAUUUAGAUGCUCAACAGGUCGGUGCAUGUUCGCCAACUAAGGAGAGAAUCGGCUCCUUCAUCGGACAUAAACAUACGACGGCAGUAACAUGAGGACUGGAGGAGGAGGAGGAGGAGGAGGAGAUGGUGGCGAAAACGAGAUGGUGAAAGAAAGAUCGUCACGACGAGCGUUAAAACAUCGAAAUUCAAAUAACUCUAAAAAUGACUGGAGAUUUGGAAUUCGGGCUCGAUGAGAUUAAGUGGACAUGAUGUGGAAAGCUGGUGGCAAUCACAAGGGUGGCCAAAGGAAGUGAGUUAGCGGGAAGGUUGGUUAGCGAGACGCGGAACUGAUGUGGAAAGCUGGCGAGUCAUGUCACAAGAUAGCCAACCACACGACGACCACUGACGGUGGCCGGGCCCGACUCGGCCUCGACGUUUUUCACGGCGUUAUCGUGUCACCGGCUCCUUUUGUGACUGGCUUAUGGAAUUAGGUCUCGGGGUCGAUUUUGACGGCUGCCGUAUCGUGCAUGUGCGUAGAAUAGUAAGUGAGCGCUGUCCAUUGGAAGAAUACAAAGGCACUACAUGUGCGUCGAGAAAUGGUCUUGCAAUGAUAUUCCCCUCCUCAGGUCUUCUUCUGCCAUCCUUCCCUCCAUCCUUGUGCGUUCCGUUGUGCUCAGUGCUGGGUAGUUCCGCAUAUUUCUCCUCUGGAAUCAUGGGUACCGUAGUCCUCAUCCUUACGUACUUUGGUCUGCAUUUCGUCACACUGGUGCGUACAGAGGCCAGCAAAAAUUAGUUAAGUUCGGUAAUUACGGCAAGCAAGGAUCAGAUUUUCUUCUGCAGGUGAGCCCUUCCUUGGCGUCGAAGUAUGACGCUGAUUGAGGGUAAAAGAAAACACGGAACACGAAUGCAGAAAAAGGAAAGGAGAGAAAUGUCAACUACAGCAGGUGCACAGUGGAAUGAAGACUGGCGAGGCGAGAGCUACAAGUGCAUAUUCGAGACAUAUCAAGCAUGUGCGUUGUGCGAGGGCCGAGGUAGAGGUGCGGUCAAAAAGAUGUCUUCCUCGCGUGUUUGCAAUAACGUAGAAUCCGUUGCUGGCUCAAAGAGAAACACUGAUGGAAAGAGGGGUGCGCAGCUUUGCAGUCGAUCAGUGUCCAGCAAAAUGAUGACAUUUGAUGGACAGUGAAUGCAAAUCAUGAUAUAAGAGUCAGGUAGUAGAUAGCGAAAAGAGGUAUAGGAUUACUUGUGAUUGAUUCAAGAGUUUCAGGUUAUUUAUACAUAUUUAUUUAAAAUUCUC